AUGCCUAGAUUCCUUUGUGUUUGUCCUGAUCACCCGGACAUUCUCGACAAACGUUUGGCGGUUCGUCCUCAACAUUUAGUACGUGCCAAACCGGAUUUGGAGAAUGGUACUCAAGUCUACGCAGGUGCUAUCCUUCCUAAACCAGACACCGAAGCUCGUACUAGACCUCUUCCCGAAGGAGUCCCAAGGAUCGCCGGUAGUCUCAUGGUUUACAUCUUCCCUACUCUCGAAGAUUGUUGGGCAAGGGUCAAAGAAGAUGUCUAUUGGAAACAUGAUAUUUGGGAUAAGAGCAAGAUUAUCGUCGAAGAGUUGAUUGAUUAG